CGCAAAUAACGCAACGUAUCCAGUGUAUUGAGGCCGUCAGAGACACUUACCGUUUCCUGUUAGCGUUCUGGUUUGACAUCUGAAUAUAAGACCGAAAUAACUGUCGUCUUCCCGUCGCUAGGAUACCUUAAAAUAAAUGGACUGCAGCCAGUGUUCAGGGAUACCGGAAGAUGGACUUCAACAGGAAGGUGCUGGUGACUGGAGGCUCUGGAUUCAUUGGCUCCCACCUGGUGUGUUCGCUGGUCGACAGACACCCUGACUGGAGAAUCAUAAACCUGGAUAAUUUGGACUACUGCUGCAGCCCCAGGAGCCUGGAGAGUGUUGAAGGCAGAGCCAACUACACUUUCAUCAGGGGGGACGUGUGCAACUCACAGCUGCUGAAUCACAUCUUCAACACAGAGAACAUCGACGUGAUCUUUCACCUGGCGGCCAAAACGCACGUCGAGUCGUCGUUUGAAAGUCCGUCCGCCUUCCAGCGCGUUAACGUCGACGGGACCAGAGUUCUGCUGCGAGCCGCCCACCAGGCCCGACACCGGCCACAGCGCUUCAUCCACGCCAGCACCGACGAGGUGUACGGAGCCAGCCUGGACCAGGUGUUCGAUGAGAGCAGUCCAGUGAGGCCCUCCAACCCAUAUUCUGCCACGAAAGCAGCUGCAGAGUACCUGGUUCGAUCCUACUGGGACACGUAUAAGUUUCCCGUCAUCAUCACCAGAAGCAACAACAUCUACGGGCCCAGACAGUUCCCCGAGAAGGUCAUUCCGAGGUUUCUCGCCCUCCUGCAAAGGAACAAGAAAUGCACCAUCCAGGGAACUCUCCCUAAAUCGCGACAUUUCCUGUUUGUCGACGACGCCGUCGAUGCCUUCCUGCUGCUUCUGGAGAACGGCGUUGUGGGAGAAAUCUACAAUGUGGGGACCAGCUGUGAGAUUCCCAUCGUGCACCUGGCCAGGGAACUCGUCAAGAUGGUCAAGAACGUGCCGGACUGCGAGGCGAACGACUGGCUCGAGUUUGUCGCUGACAGGCCGCGCGUUGACCUCCGCUACCCCAUCAAAUGUGAGAAGCUGCAGCAGCUGGGCUGGAGGGCGCAGGUGUCCUGGGCUGAAGGCAUCAGACAGACAGUGAAAUGGUACCAAGACAACCCGGACUUCUGGGUGGACGCAGGAGAGGGCCGAGAACAGAUCAGAAGCCGGCUCGAAGACGCCAACGACUUAGUGGGGAACGCUUCAUUUCUCGGCUCGUCGUCGGACCAACGGAGAGGAGGAGGAGGAGCAGCCUCCCUUCAAUCGAAGCCUUGAAAUGACUGAUAACCAGCAGCACUCGUGCGGCGGAUCCUGAAUGUACGGCGACGUCUACAGCGUGGGACUGAUCUUUGCUCAUUUCCUUGAGUGCCUUUUACUUCACGGUUCAAACUGGAGCUUAACUCUGAAAAUCAGUGACAAAAUAUUAAAGUAUUUCCUUCGCAAGCAAGUUACUCUGACGUGAGGAAGGCCGCGGGAAACCAGCUGCUCAAGUGCACGUAAACUCAUCAGCAAAUUUCACAUGUUUGUCAGCGGCCUUAAGGGAGAAGGGAACGCCAACCAUUUGUUUUAUAGACAUUCCAAUGAUGUUUUUGACUGAAAUAAACUUUGAUAUUUAAUAACUAAACGAGGUGCUUUGCAUUUGAAAUCACUUAGAAGACACCAUGUUUACAUUUGCAAAUCCAAACCUUUAUUUGUGGUAAAAUCAGAAUAGAUGCACUUUUUUUUUUUCUUCGUGCAGUGCUCCUCUUCGUGCACGUCUACUAAACUAAUACACAAAGCAAAUACUAACUACCAGGCUGGAGGUGCUGUGUGUUCACAUUGGGGGGGGAGGGUCUGGCCAGUCAGCAAUGGUGACAACACUGCGCCUUUAUCUCAUUUCAAUUCAGUCACUAAACAGCAACCACUCCUAAAUACAACUACACACCUCUACUGUAAUAACACUCUAGAGUAUAUUGAAUUGAAAGUCAAAUAAAGCUGCAGAGUCUUGAUUUUCUUUGGUGUCCCAACGUUGUUUCCCAGAAUGCCUUUGGUCAUGAACUAGACACAAGCUGUGAGCUCAUUGCAAAAAUGUUUUGAUGCGCAUACGAAAAAAAGGUGACAACGUGUGCACAAUAUCCGUCUCGGUCAUUGAUCGUGGGUGUGGCCGGGGCCACAUUGCAUUCUGGUCCGUUGGGGCUACCGUUAAUGGACCCGUCCCUCUGCAGAGGGGCUGAAGCUGCGAUACCAUGUUGUAUGGAUCAGCUACUUGCGUUAAAGACGCACGGAUGGACGUCGGCAGGUCGUCCUUUCCCCCAUUUCUGAUUGGCCAGAAGCUCCCACACAUGAGCGUUUACACACUGACGCCUGAAAAUAUGCAAAUCACAACAACAUAGCGAUAGAACCACAGUUAAUUCUGUGUUAUGAAGACUUUAAAGAUCACCACUUGCCAGACAUUCACAACAAGGGUAUUAACGGGAAGGAAAAGUGUAAAGACUCAAAUGAACAAAAAAAAAAAAGACAACAGAAAAAUAAACAUCUGACUUGGAGAGAAUCUGGACACUUGUUUUUUGUACUGCAUGUUUGUUUUUUUACAAAAUGGUCUUUGAUCGUAACGUUUUGUCAAUGUUAUUAUUUUUUAUUAAUCCAAACCUUGGCAUAUAUGGCGGUAUUGUCUCAAAUUUUGUCUGCCAAUUAAAAGUGGCGGUUGACGUUUGAUUUUCAUUAUUGGCAAUGGAACCUGUCGCACAAACAGGCGUAUGGAUCUGAUACGGAGUCCAAUGUGACUAAAGGUCACCGCGUAGGACCUCUCUCCUUAUAUGUCAAACGCAUCCACUGUAAUAACCGGCCGGGCUUCACUCUGAGGCCUCGUGUGACUUAUCGUACCUCGUAUGGUUGGAACCGACACGUCGCAUGCUUCUUUAAAACCAAUGUUUCUACUGACGAGGGAGGAAUAAGAGGGCUGCUGCGACCUCGACUGCUAUCGAGGUGCCAGUUUAGCUCAUUAAGUCCAAACUGUUUGAACGGCCUCAAACAGAGAAUUGGUGUUUGGGGCUUUUUGAUAAACGUGAUCUGUUUUUGGCACCGGUGUCGCCGUUUUUCUGUAGUCGCACGUAAGCCCCCCCCCCCCCCCCCGGAUGCAGCGGUGACACAUUUUAGGAGAAAUCCCUACACAUUGCAUCUUUAACAUUAAAAAGCUCACACUACCCCAGAAAAAUAGAAAUUUUCACUCAUACCAAUGACAUUCAACAUUCAAGUGCCAGUGUUUUUGUUUACGGUCUUUUGGUCAAGUCACUUUGUAAAAUAUCAACUUUUGUUUUAGGCUUAUAAAAAUAAAUAUUUCUCAAAAAUGCCUGAUAAAUUACACAAACUAGCAGCGAAAGUAGACUCGAGAACUCUGUGUGCAAACAGCUGAUUCCUGCGGUUGCUGAUAACGACGACUCCACCUGGUCCCAAAAAAAACGGUUUCAUAUCCGGAGGAAAACACGCGCACGCGCACGCGCACACACACACACACACACACACACACACGCACACGCACACACGCACACAGAACCUCUCUUUUUGACCUGGCUGCGCUACACUCACUCCUUUGAAGCACUCGGACCACAGAAGACUUUAGUCCAACACCCGACCAAUUUUUCGGUGGAACCCGAUGGGAGCGUAGCACCAAGAACGGUUCACUCACAAUCAAACGUCUCCGUCGGUAACCGUGGUGACGUGGAAUCUUUCACAAUGGCCACACAGUCAGUGACGGUUGCCAUGGCAAUGCUGUCUGCAGUGUAACCAACUACCAUCUUCCUCUGUUGGGGCUGGGUAUCACCCUUGAAUUUAAGGCCACAAAAAAAAAAAAA